AUGCAAUGCGUCCCUUGACACCCAUACAUGUGACAUCUACUCAAUCCACGCGCCGCACAUGCUUCAGGUGCCCUAGGCCAACAUGGCUGAACCUCCCCCCUUUGAUAAACGCAUCUUGAACUUUCGAGAUGUCGGGGCCCAUAUCAACUCGAUCGUCGAAUCCCCCAUCCUGAAACCAGGACUCCUUUUCCGCAGUGCCCGUCUCGAUGAAGCCAGCUCUACAGAUCGCGAUCAUCUCGUCCACCGGUACAAGAUCAGGACAGUGAUUGAUCUACGAUCCAAGACCGAAUUGAUCAAUGCGGCCAAGAAACAUGACACUGUGGACGGCGAAGAAGUGGGUGAAGGAGACACACCACAAGUCCAGAUGGCCAGCAUUCGUUAUGCCAACAUCAACCUCAACGGCAAAGGAUUCGAACGAUAUCUGAUCUGGCAACUCAAAUAUUGGAGUCUCAUCCAGAUGAUUGUGCUCAUGGUUCUGGGAUACCGCACUCAGGCCAUUGCAAUCCUCGGCAAAGAGCUCAUGCUCCCUCGUGGAUUGGUCGGUUUGGGAAAGGACACGCUCGACCACAGUGGUCCUGAAAUUCGUGAGAUGAUGAACAUUGUUGCCAAACAAGACUCGUGGCCAGUGUUGAUUCAUUGCACCCAAGGCAAGGACCGCACCGGAAUAACCAUCCUCCUCCUCUUAUUAUUGUGUGGCAUCGACAUCGAGGCGAUUAGCCAUGACUACCUCCAAUCCGAAUCUGAACUAGAAUGCGAAAAGGAGGCUCGAAUGGAGGAGAUUGCUAGCAUCGGCCUAGACGAAUCAUUCGCUGGUUGCCCUGUCGACUUUUGCCACCAGAUCCAUGAACAUCUAGGCUCGAGGUAUGGCGGUGUUGAGGAAUAUAUGCGCACCAUUGGGGUCGAAGAGGAGCAAUGCUCCGCCGUGCAGGAAAUUCUCAAGGUGGGAGGUACAGAUAGGACAAAGAAAGCGGAGUAAGAAAUGCAAUAUGUCCAACCAUGUGUUCAACAAAUAACAUCAGAACUGGGCAUAGCCAUGACUAAGGUACCUAAGGUAGGUACCUACCUAGACAUUGCCAUUGUCCGGAUCGGCUGCAUAGGCACCUGAAGUCAGUACCUAAAAGUAGGUACCCAGGACUUGUAGGAGCGAUAAUUACUAUCUACCUAGGUA